UCAGUCAUGCUAGAAUAAACGGACGUGGCUUUCUUUAUGUUGCAGGAAAUCAUUCACAGCUCAGAGGAACGACGGAAAGGUGUGAGAUGUUCGAGUCUGAAGAUUCUGAUCUUGAGGACGGGCUGGACUCUGUCCAACACCAAACAAACAUUGUUUAUCAUGACAAAUAUGACAUGCCCAUGCCCAUGCCCAUGUACAUGAAACUUUCAGACACUUUGUGGGAGCAAUGGGGCAAAGUAACUCCUGAUCUGAGAAGAGAGGCGGGGCACCUGCUGCACAUCUCAGUGUUCUGGUGGCCCAUUUUGUACCGCCAGCAGGAAGGCCACCUCACUACGACCUGGGCGGUGGACGUUGGCUUCGUGGACAUGAAUGUUGCAAAUGAUCUGAGUUUGAAAAGGUUGCAAAGAAUCGAAAUCUUGGAGCUGAUUCUUGAUACUGUGGAAAACUGUCUGGCGGGUUCAGAUCCUGAAAGGAAAGCCAGAGAGUUGAUGAUGAUUGGCAUGUCCAUUAGAACGGAGGAAGAUGGUAUUAUGAAGGCGGUCACCUGGCUAACAGAAUCGGGUCCUCCAGGUCUGAGAAGGAGGAUCCUUCAACUUGGGUCAAAGGAAAUACGCCACCAAGUUCUAGAUUUUGUAUUUUCUCAGUAUACUUGGUUCAUACGGGUGAUGUCACAGGACACAAAGCUCAUGUUUUUGCAGCUGACAUUAGACCCGGAGGAAUGGAGUUUACAGAAAAGUGAAGAAAUGAAGAACAAGGGGAAUGAACAGUUUCAGAAGAAAAAGUAUGAUCUUGCUGUGAAAUGGUACACAAAGGCUAUUAAAUACCAUAUCAACAACCACUUAUUGUAUGGGAACAGAGCGCUCUGCUAUAUUCGUUGUGAAAAAUACCUGAAAGCAAUGGGUGAUGGUAAGCGAGCUAUCCUCCUGAAGCGAGACUGGGCGAAGGGCCAUUAUCGUUUCUGUGAUGCCUUGUUCUAUCUUGGAGCUAGAGACAAAGCAAUAGAGUCAAACCUUGCAGCUCAGAGAUAUUGCACUGCUGAUCCAGAGGGAAUGAAAGACCUCCAACAGCAGUAUAGUCGCUUUAUGACAGAGAUUUCUGAAAGCGGAAGUAAAGGAAGAUCCCCGGCAUGUCCAGAAGGAAAACAAAAGAAAACUGAGUCUAAGAAGGGAGCAAGUAAACGAUCUGAGGGAGCAUGGGGUGUAGAUCCCAUGGCCCACCAUGUUCAUCCAGACAGAGCCCAAAAGGCAGCUCAUAACACUGAUACUGCAGACCCUAAGAAGAAAGCAGAAGACACAAAACAAGAGGAACCAUCAGAGAGACCGGUGGCUGACAAUCAAACUGAGGACAAUUUUAAAGACACUAAAAGUGAAAUGGGAGACCGUAAGGCCAAAAAAGCAACAUCAGGCAUUCCAGAGAAGCAGUCUAUGAAGAAUAAACCUCCAGCUACACAGGAAAAGCCACAGAGCAUCAGUGAAGUGUGCAGUAGGAAGCAGUUUUGUGCUGCAAUUCGGGACGCUCAUAUUGCUCUCAGUGACCAGCGCUGCCGCAACGCAGAGCAGUCUUUCUCUGAGGCACUCGGGAUCCUGAGCUCCAUUGGGACCAAGGAUCUCGGUAUAACUGAACUGGAUAGAACUUUGUUAAUAUAUGGUUAUGCUACAGCCCUAAUAGAAAUUGGACAACCUGAGGAAUUGGUGGAAGCUCGGUGUCAGUUUGAAAAACUAAGCUCUUUGGCAAACAGAACGUUCCAGUCCCUGGUUCAUUAUGGUUUAGGGAAGGUCUUACUAAAGGAGAAUAAAUUUAGUAAAGCCCAAGAUGAAUUUCUGAAGUCACUGUUGAUGGUUCAGAGGCAGAUCAUGCCAGGAAAACUGACCUGGCCAACCACUAAAGUAACGGUCGAAGAGACCUGUACUGAAUAUUUAAAGGACCAGCUUGAGAGGUUUAUUGAGAUCUGCAAAUUCCCACCUAAACCAGAUGCAGUUUGCCGGCAUUGCUUGGGCCAAGCAUUUAUCUAUUUUACUGAUCCAGAUUUCAAAGGUUUCAUUCGAUUGUCAUGCUGUCAGAGCUGCAAGGUGGAGUAUCAUAUCAAUUGCUGGAAAAAGUUCAAAGCUGCUUCGUAUUCUGAUAAAACUGACAAGGAUUUCCUGCAUCAGAUGUGUUUUACUCCUGACUGUACUGGAAGAAUCUGUCGAAUUGUAAUAUUUGACUCAACUGGUCUUAUAAAGUGUGAAUUUAAAGCAGCUAUUUCUAAAAGCAAAGUUCCUGGGGUGAAAGUCAAACAAAAAUGUACAAGUCUUAAGAAGUUGAAUUCUAAAGAGGAACGAAAGCUGAGGCGGAAACAGCAGAGAGCGGCUACAUCCGUAACCAAGACAGAGAUGAGCAAUUUAAAAAUAGAAGAUAAAACUGAAAAAGGAGCAGAAAAAAGCAUUGACAAGUCAUCGCCCAAGGAUCAUGUUGUAUAUGGUGAUUGUGUUUUAUUCCAAAUUGAUAAACACAGAGAUCUUUUUAACGACGAGAGCCACAAUAUUUCUGGUAUGCUGAUGUGUCUAAAACCGUGGAUGAAGUUGGAUGAGGAUAAGGGUCAUGUAAGUGUGUUAAAGGACCGCACAGAACCGCAGGUUCUCAGGGAGCUCGUGGAUCUUCUGUUGGAGAGAAAGAACAGGGUUUGGGCCAGAAUCUUUCUUCAUAACCUCAGCACCUGUCAAGACAUCAAGCCAAAAGUUCAUGAAUGGGCUCAGCAACUUGACAAUGCUGGCCUGAAAGCUGCUGAGAACUUUAUUGGUCAAUACAGUGAUAGUUUGGAAACAUUGGACCUUACUUCCCUGUUGGAGUUUUCCCCACUACAUGAUGCAUUUCAUAAUAAGGACUUUACUGUAAUAGAGUACCUGAGGCAAGCCUCAGCACAGGAAAUGCGUCUGUUUAUUUGGACUCUAGAGGAACACAGAGAGCAUUACCCCUCCUGGUUCUCCGUCCUUGAUGACUAUUUUGAAUUGGAUGCAAUAUGUUUAGUGUUAAAGAAGACUGAAAAAGAUGAUCACUUAAGUUCUGUUUAUAAAAGUAAAGGCAAAAAUCGAAAAAAGAAGCAGAGAGAACCAAAGUCUGUCUUGCUGCUCCCGGGAAUAAGAGAAGAUGAUGAUGAUGAUGAUUUCUUCUUUGAGGACGAUUCACUGAUGCUCCUUGAUGGUGAUGAUCCCUUUAGUGUUCCUGAUUAUUUGCGGGACCAGGUUGCAGAGUUUGAGGGGCAGUUUGUCAACCCAAGAUCAUUUAACACUUAUAAGAGAUUUUUGGAUAGCAACCCAGAUCCAACCAAAGAGAGUUUAUAUGAUUACUUUGCACAGAUUCUGGAUGAGCAUGGACUUCUUGAGGUGUCAGACCCACUGCUUGUUGGUGAGCUAGAGAACUUUCCACCUGAAGCACAGGAAAAGAUCGAAGCUGCUGGAGGACUUAAACGUUUCCUGCUUGGCUCGCGUCGAUUUGUAAUGUGUAACGGUGGCAUCGGACUGGCAUCGCAUGUUGAGUUUCUUCAGCACACUUUGGAUGAUGACAGAGAAGCCUCUCUUUUGGCCAGCUUUCCAUUUCAUUCUUACAGCAUGGAUGAUUCAGAAGCUAAAGGAUCUUCCCAUCUCAACCCCAAGGCCAAGGAAUUCCUGCCCCAGUCUAAUCAUUUAAGUGUGAAUGACAGCAGUGACUCUUAUGACAACGCUUCUUGUCCUGUUCUUCCCAAUCCAUAUGAUUUGAGUUUUGAUUAUCUGUUUCCGCAAGAUAUUCCUGAAUUCGUAGAAGACCCAGAGUUUACCAAUCACUUCCAUGAUUUCCCAUUGACUGCAUUUAACACUGAUGCUUUUAGUUCUGAUAAUAAUUAUAUAAAUUUUAAUGAAGAUAUAUCUCCCAGAAGUAAGAACAUGUUUGUUCAGACACUUUGGGGUGACAAAGAUACCAGAGAUAAUGUUGCCAUUAAUACAGAACCAUACGCACCAUUUGAAAAAAACAAAGGAGAUAUGUCCCAAACAGAAAAACUAAACACAAAAUUUGAAAACCGUAUCCAGAGUAUCAGGGAAAUGCUUAUGGCUUUUCAAAGCAAAAGAGAAGAGGCUUGUUCCGUACUUGAUGAUGAAUUGAAGAAACUUGAUCUGCACAUAGAGAUUUCCAACAAAGAGUUGACGUUGUUCCAACAAAAGCUUGAGGACGAGAUACGGAAGGAUCAGCAGGAGAAAAAAGAGCACCAAGAGAUGCUGAAGGCUUUGAAGGGUGAAAUCAAAGAGCUGGCGGAUUUUCAGGAAAGCAUGUCCAAGCUAAUCCAGGAUAAGAAUGUGGAGUUUCAAAAAGAACUGGACCAUUUCCUCGCAAUAAGUAACCAAUGGGCAGCUGAGAAGAUGAGUUUAGAGGAUAAAAUAAAGAAAUUUAAUGAGCAAUGUGCAAAAGCAACCAGCCGAUCUCAGGCAGGACGGGUGUUUGUCCUGAAAAAUAGACGAGAUCAUGGGCUGCGUGGCUUGAGGAAGUACUUAUCAGAUGGGAAGGCAAUUCUACAACACUUGACUGAGCUAUCACCCACAUAUUCGACUACAGGCCUAAGUUCCAUGAUUGAUGCCUGGAAAUCAUGCGUACAAGAAGUUCAGGAGAAGAUCGUCAGAACAGAGAAGCAGUAUGAAGAGCAGAUAGAGCUUGUGAAAAAAGGCACCAGUCUGUCCGAUCUACCUGCAAUCGACAUCCCAGACACCCCUGUUCCUCCUCCUGUACCGGUCGUUCUUCAUCCAUUAUCCAACCUGCAGCCUGUUUUCCAGCAGCACGCACUCCCACACACCACAUAUGGAGUUCAGCAGCAUCCUGCCAGACCUCAAACACACAUGGCAGUAAACACACACCACACCAUUCACACACCCCGAGCAGCCAGUGAGCCAGUUGCUGCUCCAAUGCCCCCUACAGCCUCGGGUCCAGUUCAGCUUCCACAGCCACUUGCUGUAUUUGAGAGGAUCGUAGAUCGUCUCAGUACCAUGUUCCCUCACUACAGCAGAUCUGUCCUGACAAAGUUCAUCCAAGAGGUGCGCUCUAUGAACGGUGGCAGUUUGAGCAUGUUGAAGUAUGAAGAAGUGAUUAACAGAGCUGCUCAGCUCAUCCUUGACCACCAGGAGCAUUCACAACUGCAGAUGAACUCGGCGAGUGGGGAUCCCACUGGUGGAAGAGAUUUCGCUGUUCCCAGUCCAACUCCCCCUCCCACUGACUUCAUCAGAGCUUCUGCAACUCCCCCACCUGCACACGUGUGGAAGAGCGUGUCCUCUCAACAUCGCAAGUCUUCCAAAGCUCUCAACAUGGAGGACCCCUGCAUUAUCUGUCAUGAUGAUAUGACACCUGAAGACCUGUGUGUGCUGGAGUGUCGCCAUAGCUUCCAUAGAGAGUGCAUAAAGUCAUGGCUAAAGGAGCAGAGCACUUGUCCCACCUGCAGAGAGCAUGCACUUUUACCCGAGGAUUUCCCUAUGUUACCAGGACGGCCUCGGCGAGGACACACGCACGCAGCAGCCUUCUCAUAAACGUGGUCAAACUAUACACCUAUACACUACUUAUAAUGUCUAACACUUAAUAAAGACAUUUGUUAUAUAGCAUCUACCAUUUGCUAUAUAUAAUACAGUAACCAGAAUAUAAACCUGUAAAACUGAAUGUAAACUGUAACGGUGAUACUUUUUCAGUCUUAUCUCCCAUAGUUUAGUGAUUUGCACACAAAGUGGACAGUUCUGUUUUGAUUGUUGCUCAUGCAGCUCUUAAUCCACAAUUAAGGACCAAUUAGUAUUAUGUUUUAAUUCUCUUAAUCAAUGUUUGCUUGUUUACUUAAGUUUUUAAUUAUAAUUUUAGAUGUUCCAAAAAAGACAAAAAAAAAAAAGAAAAUGAUAAAAGAAUAAAAAA